UCACUGUUUGCUUCCCGGACCAGGAUGAAGACAGUCCAGUUUUUCUUCCUUUUCUGUUGCUGGAAAGCAAUCUGCUCCAAUAGCUGUCAGCUGACCAACAUCACCAUUGCAAUAGAGAAAGAGGAAUGUCGUUUCUGCAUAAGCAUCAACACCACUUGGUGUGCUGGCUACUGCUACACCAGGGAUCUGGUGUUUAAGGACCCAGCCAGGCCCAACAUGCAGAAAAUAUGUACCUUCAAGGAACUGGUAUAUGAAACAGUGAGAGUGCCCGGCUGUGCUCACCACGCAGAUUCCUUGCAUACAUACCCAGUGGCCACCCAGUGUCACUGUGGCAAGUGUGACAGCGACAGCACUGACUGUACUGUGCGAGGCCUGGGGCCCAGCUACUGCUCCUUCGGUGAAAUGAAAGAAUAAAGAACAGUAGACAUUUCUGGCCACAUACCCUUGUCCUGAAGGACCAAGAUAUUCGAAAAGUCUGUGUGUGUGCAAUGUGCCCAGGGUACAAACCACUGGAUCAGGGGAUUGUCAGACUCUACAGAUCCCUGGUCUACUGGCAGAGGGAACUCUGGGAAUUGAGAGUGCUGGGGGCCAGGACUCCACCAUGAUUCAGCUCUCUAUUCCUAGGUCUGAUUUCAUAAGGUUUAUUCAGUCUUAACUCAUAGACUUGUGCAUGGUUUCUUCUUUAAAAAUCUUAGAAAUCUUCUCAGGCAAUGCCUCUCUCUUAGGGGGAAACAUAAGCUUAGAAGGAGGAAGCGGUAAUGGGAGUGAGUGACAGAACUAACUGCAGCAGUCUUCUGGUAGACUCUUGGGCCCUCUAGAGCAAGGUCAGCAUCUUCAGCAUUGUAGCCUCAAUGCCUAGCACUCUGCCUGGAACUUAAAAACACAACAAUGGCUUCUUUAGAUCAGAAAGGUCAAGGGUAGAAAAUACUGGAAGAGGAUGUUUGAGGUAAGCUGAGGAGGCUGCCCCCAGCCACACCAGUCCCAUGAAAGUAGUGGCAUCAGUUCCACCUCGCCUCUUCUCCAGCACAUGGAGUAUUAAGACAUGAUGUACCUCUCUGAAUUGUUCGGUACAGAUGGGGAGUAACAGAGCUCAGGAUUUCCAAGUUAUUACUACCAAGCCUGUUAGUUAAGGGCAAAGGCAAGAAAUUUUAAUUUGGGGCUGUGGAAAUUAGCCUGCCUCUAUUCAUUACUUAAACAAAUUGAUCACAUGCUACUAGGCUCCUGCAAAACUCCUUUUUGAGAUAAAGGGAAAAAACCAAACUAUCUCACCCUACCCUCCCUAGGAUCCACUUCUUUGGAAUGACAAAGGAUUUGAAAGUAGGUUUGAAAGCAGUUUCAGCAAUUUAAU